CAGCUCCGCUGGGCUCCCGGCGCCUCCUCCUCCCAGCCUGCGGUAGGCUGCCGGGCUUCUGUGGGUGGGGGAAGGCUGGACUGAUGCAGCUCGAGCUUGCAGGACUUGCUGCCAAAUUGGAUGUGAAGUGUAUGGGAAAGGAAGGAACCAAGGAUGACUCCGCAGAGAAAAUAGUUUGGAAGGCACUACUAUUCUUUUGAACAUACUAGUUUUGGUGCCCAGUGCCAGUGGCUACCCUGUUGGACAGCGAAGAUAUAGAAUAUUUCCAUCAUUGACGAACAUUCUGUUGGUCAUUGUCGGACUGGAGAAACUCGAAGCAUGCUGGAUCUUACCCCGACCAGGGAUUGAACCCCACGCCCCCGCAGUGGGAGCGCAGUCUUAAGCACUGGACACCAGGGAAGUCCUGCCUAUGUUUUAAACCAGCUUAAAAGUUUCUGUAAUAUGUUUUAAAGAUGACAACGGCAACACGACAAGAAGUUCUUGGCCUCUACCGCAGAAUUUUCAGGCUUGCGAGGAAAUGGCAGGCUGCAUCAGGGCAGAUGGAAGACACCAUUAAAGAAAAACAGUACAUAUUAAAUGAAGCCAGAACACUGUUUCAGAAAAACAAAAAUGUCUCAGUCCAGCGGCUUACAGACACAGACCUGAUUAAACAGUGUAUAGAUGAGUGCACAGCCAGGAUUGAAAUUGGACUACAUUACCAGAUUCCUUAUCCAAGGCCAAUUCAUCUACCUCCUAUGGGCCUUACCCCACUACGAGGCCGGGGACUUCGAAGCCAGGAGAAAUUGAGGAAAUUUUCCAAACCAGUAUAUCUCAAGUCUCACGAUGAAGUUUCCUAACCCAGAAAAAAAGUUUUUUUCUGAGAAUGAUGAGCCAACUAGGCCUUAAAUGUAAACCAGACAACAAGGGUCUUCUUGAUUAGGAGCAAAAAUCCAAAUAUCUUCUUA